UUUUACUUUUAGAUGUCGAAAUCGGUUUAGUUUCUCGCGUCAGUUUCCUUAAAGUUCCUUUUGGUUUGUCGUUUGCGCAGCGAUCGAAGGAUCGGACGUUUCGCAAACACACGCGAAAAGUAGAAUUUGCUGUAAUUUUUUCUACGCAAAAGUAGUACAUUUUUGCGUAAAAGGAGGGUGGAUGGGAUCGUGGAUAGGGUGGGUCUCCACUCGCAGCAACCUCCACGUGGUGAGACCUGGACACUUAGUAUUAUUUCAUAUACAAUUGCUAACUGUAUCAUUAUAUGUGAUAGAAUUAUGAAUUGUAUUAUAAAUAAUAUUAUGAGCUGAUUGGCUGUGAUCGCGAUUGUAUCAUGUAGUUGGAGCAUUUGUUAGAUAGCUUCAUCGAUUUCUGCAUAAUCAUGGAUUUCUACCUCGUAGUUGUUUCAUACUGAAACAUUUCAAAAGUUAAUAAUAUCAUGUCUUUCCAAGUUUAUUCUACGAUAUAUUAAAUUCUACGUUUAAUUCUGUAUUAAAAUGAGCAACUUUUGCACAAGUAUUCGCAUUGUAGUUGUAUUGUUCACAAUCUCUUAAUAAUCUACACAAUAAAGUUUAAUCUUAAUUUCAAGCAUAAUCAACUGUUGUAACUUUCUUUUGUGAAUCAUUCAACAAUUCAUUAAAUCGUCUGCGUUUAUGCGUGUAACGAACGGAGAUCUUCUCGUGGCUACUGGCUUUUAUCGUUUUCGAUUCGGUUGGGAUUAAAUAGAGGUUGAAAACUGAUAUGACAUGUAGAUAAUUUCUAUGUUCCCCUUAGCAAAUCGCAGAUGGCGUAAGAAACAAGUCCGGUCUUUUUCAAUGUCGGUAUUUCAGAACCCGUGAGACGUAAAUUCUCAUUUCGUCAAGUGUCGCGUAUAUCCUUUAUGUCGACGAUACGAUCCACUAAUUUGCCGAUCUACUGUUAAAAAUUAUUAGAAUGCUAGUAAAAUGUAGGCAAUAAAUACGAGCCAUGAAAAAGUAAAGGUCGCUAGUAUUGAUUCGUUUGUUACUUAGAAAGCGGUAGCUUGAGGGGCAUCGAGUUAUCGCAUCACCAAACAGAAACUCUCUUACAUAACGACUGUUGCAAUACAUAAAUUUUCGAUAUCUAUCAAGGCGCUCCUUGACGAAAGUCCCUAUGACUUCACGAUCGACAGAUCUAACUAAUACAAUUACGAGGUGCUUCCAAGAAGUCGAUUCUAGUAUAAGGAUUCAGAAAUACGUGUCAAGGAUUUCUUCUUUAACCAACGAAACGACGAUACUUUGACUCGAACGAGUUGCAUAAAUUGAUUACACGCAAUUACCAGAUAAACUCUUGCGUACAAGAUACUAGAAAUGCCCGGAAUGGAGAAUGUAACCAAUCUCGGUCUUCGAGUGGAGAAAUUCAAGAAAGAUUUCCUCAAGCAUUACCAGGCCAAGUUUCCAAUCUUGUUCCGUAUUUGUUUUGAUCCGAUAGGCACUCAUAAGAAGUCGCGUGCCUUUAUCGGUUUCUUGCUCGGAUUUUUUAUGGCUGUUCUUCUAUACGAAUGCAUUAUCGUCGACCUGCAGUUCGACGCGUAUACCAGCGUGUACCUUGGUGUUAUUUUGAUUACGAUGCUGUCAAUUGGAUGUGCCUUGUCGAUUCAGGUGAGAUGUAUUUCCAUCUUGACGAUACCAGCGUUUUUUGGCCGAGCAGGUCGAAGUAUGUUGAGAGCACUGAUUUUUGGAUACAUCAUUGCCGGACCAUUGUUUAAUUUAGUAUAUAACGCUAAAGAGGUGGUAAGAACAUUCGGCUGCACUACACAGUUGACGUACAACCUUACCAAGACAAGAUUUGAUUUAAUGUUCAAACCGUUUCAACAGGCGAUCCUUGCUAUGAAAGCGGAUGCAAAUGAGAUAAAAGACACGCUUUCUUCGGUGAGGGACUUAAUGAGCCCGAUUGUCGAAGAAGUGGAGGGGGAGGAAGAAAUGUUACGAUUAAAGGAGGAAAACGAUUAUUUGGACGAGUUGCAAGGUGAUACAAAAAGAAGCAAGGAAAUCGAAGAGAAGCACGAGAAAAAAAUUGAAGAAGCCAAAUCAGAUGCAGAAAUAUUUGAAGCUAAAUAUAAGAAAAAAAUCGAAGCUCGAUGCGAGGAGCAACUUAGUCGUGGUGCAGGAAGAUGUAGGGACAUGUUCGGUAAUGCUUACGACAAGUGUUACGAAGCGGUGAGCGUAUUUGUUGCUUGGCUGUUGUGUUGGCCGAUGAAAUUGACUUUCGUCUGUAAUCUGGUUCAAGCACUGGGUGGUUCUAGUAUCUGUGAUCCUGAAGGAAAGGUUGAUAGUGGCAUCGGCGAAGGAUACAUCGCUUUGAAAAGUGCUCGGGACGAAUUCAGCCGAAGCUUAAAGGACGCGAAGCUGCAGUACAAAGUGAGGAAGCCGCCGGUGAUUUUGGAUCUUCAAGAUUCGGCGUAUGCUGCCAGAGCGGUAAUACACGAAUUCACAGUGCGGAGAAGAUUGUUCCAGUCCGUGAUGACCAUCGUAAAAAGAUGCUUGUCCUUCGUGUUUCUAAAAAUCAUUCUCGACGCUCAGAGAUACCACGACGAAUAUUUGAAUGACAUUGAGUUCGACAAUAUAUAUGUGUCGCCCUAUUUCCGCAAGAUAGACGCAAGAAGAAGAGCACGUGGUAGUAUGACUCUGUUGCCGUUCAAGAAAAUCGAGAGGAGAAAGUUUGUUGAUCCUUACAGUGUGAAACCGAGCAAAACCGAAAGGUCUCAUUUGACUGGACAGAUAGUCAAAUUGCUUCUUGAGCUCAUCACGGCCAGUGUUUUCGUUAUUUUGGAUUGGUUAUUUUAUGAAGUGUUGGAUUUAAUCAGGAGGCACGCUUAUAUGGAGUACGCUCAGGCAGGUCACCACGACCUAAGUUUGGAAAUUCGCGGAACGGGGGUGAUCGCAUCAUUGAUCAGAAACGCGAUUCGCGGUUUCAACGUGAAGAAACGAAUUAAAACCGUGGUUUCGAACAGCGCGUGCCUUCCUCGACCCACGAAACUACCCGCUUACGUAAUCGUCAGGAUCUACGGUACCUUCAUCGCAGUUUUCCUCCUGAUCUUCGCGUCCAUCUACACUGAGAGAUUACGUCGUGGCAUUUGCUCGUUCUUUUAUCGAAGAAGAGAAAAGAGACGAGUAUUGUACCUGUACAACGAGAGUUUACGACGCAGGCUCUCGUACACCAAGUUCAUGAAGGCUAAGGUGAAGAAUAUGGUGAGAACGCGUCAUUUGGAGAACGAGGUGAAUUUCUGGUUGGCCGUGAGACUUAAAUGGCCGGAUCGUUUUGGAUGGCUCAAGUACUUCGCCUGUGCCAGGGAAAGAUGUUUAAUCUGCGGCGAUCCGGAGCCUAGAAAAGGGCCAAAGUACCGAGCAUGCAUCACUCCAGGCUGCCCCUUCUUGCAUUGCGCUGAAUGCUGGAGAGACGUAGGAAAGAUUUGCUACGCUUGCACUGAAUUUUCCGAUACAGAAACGGAAGAGUACGACACCCAACGCAGUGACUUUUAGUUCAGUUAACCCGCUGUCGACCAAGCAAUGGUAUAAUUCGUACAAAUUGCCUAA